AAACUUGUGAAUUUUUUUAUGGAAACUAGUCUAGUUGAGUUCUCUAUUUGCAAAAAGUUUCAGGUCGAAAUUCAAAAAUACGAAUUUUCCGAAAACUUGGAGCCUCGGAGAAAAAAAAUUGAUAGCUUAGGCAAAUCUAAAUAUGAAUCCAAACUCUCUUAGGAUUUUUAUUAGAACACUAUACAAUAUCUAUAGACAAAGAAUCAUUGAAAUCUGAGGGGGCAUCUACAGAGGUUGUCUUGUCAGAUUGUCCUAUAAAACGCGUAGAGGUGUUCCGAGGUCACUAAUACUCGGCGGAGGUUGACCCUUGUUGUGAGGAUUGAUCAGCAAGACAAACAGGAUAUUGUUCGAGAUUGGGGCGACACACCUGAAAUGGUGUACUAGAAAAGAAUCGAAAACAAAGUGAUGUCUCCAGUAGAUGGUUACUCUAAGCACCUAUAGUUCAUUGUCACUUUUUCUGAUACCUCUACUGAUCUGGAUUUGUAACUAAUAGAGUCGAACAAAGAACUAUUAUACAACUGGAAUUCUAGUGACAUAGCUGCAGCCACUCUGUCUUCACUAGAUUUAAGUGAUCCAUGAUCGUCAGCUAUUUCAUUGUAAUUCAACGUCGUAUGGACAAUCUUGCUGGACGCCAUUUUGAUAGUGUUGUAAUUGUUUUAGAAUAUUUAGAUGGUUUAUCAUUUACAGAUGCUAAAUGAAAAAAAAUGACAGCAUAAAUUUUUUUCUUUUUUUUCACUCUUGACUUAUGUUUGAACUCUGUUAGAAUGUUAGUAUUAUUCCAUACAAUAAAGCAAGUAUGUAUCAAUUUGACCGAAAGAAAAAAUAGCAAACGAAAGGAUGUCGAAAAAAGACAUAUCCCUAAAAAAUAUUCUACAUGUCAUUAAGUGACUCUGUUCAGGGUAGACUGUGGGGUGUGAGUGUGAAUGUAGGGAUUGAUGUAAAGAGAAGGCUGAUAUCUACAUGUAUUCUUCACAGGAACAUCCACACCACACAAAGAAACGUAUUGUCUUGUUGUUAGUUUUGUUUUUAAAUAUUGUUCAUACACUAGUAUCUCUUGUUGGAAUACUUAUACGUCUUUUACUUUUUUUGCAUGCAAUAAAAUGUCUUCAUCUUGCUGAUUGAAAAUUUCAAAAACUACUUUUCUCAACAUUGAGUUUUUCGCUAUUCUUUCGUUCUCUAUUUUUUCUUUCAAUCAAAUUAAUAUCAGUCAUAAAGCGUGUGACUUAUUAGUCAGAAUUUUCUAAAGCACUUUUCGACCUUUUUACGACCAUCUCCUGAUGGCAUGCUAUUUAGUGUUCUACUUUAUCUUACAUGAUAGAUUACGAAAAUAGUUUUUCGAAAUAGUGACUUUUUUGACCAAUCCCGAUUGCCAUAGAUACUAGCUCUCGAUUGGAAACGCAUAGAUCAGAUUUCGCUUGUCGUAAUAUCUAAUUUAGUGCUUUAUAAUAAUGUUGAGUUGAAGUUGUUUCAAAAUAUGAAUUAAGUACUGCGCCAAAAUCGCUAUUUUGCUUUGUAUAGACAUAGUUUUGAAUUUUUUUUUUCAUAAAAUAUACUAAUACGUGCUCAAUCUAAAUCUCAGAAAGAAAGCCUGAAUAUAUAUUCGAAAAUAGCAAAAAAUUCUGAUCUUGUUUCUAAUGAUCGAAUGUUUUGUGCCAAGACUUUUUGCGUCGUUGAUUUAAAUAAAACAUUUUUGAUAAUAAGGUUAAUUUUCCUCAAUGUACAAUUGCACAUAAUCCACGUUUACCGGAACAUUGUGUUGAAUGGGUUACAAGUAUUCUUUGGCCGAAAGAACAACCGUUUGGUCCAGGUUGA